ACGGCUGGUUCUUUCUAAAAGGAGAAUUAUCAAGCCUUGGGUUUAUAUUGGCAAAGGAUAUUUCGGACCGAUCUUCAGCCACUGGCAAUUAUCUAGAAGGGUUGCAUUUGGUUCAGCUUACAGGAACUAAACCCACCCAACGCAAACAAAUGAUGUUGAUGAGAAGCUGCCAGUUGUGGGGAACACUCCUGUUAUCAAUAGCUUUGUUGAGUUUUGCCCUGGGUAGUAAAGAUUUCGAUUCCAAUAAAUGUUACUCGGAAAGUGAAAAUGGAGGCGAUCAUUGUAAUCCGCUCGGGAAUUACAGCAGUGGUAAUUAUAAUUGUUACAUGAAAUGCAAGGGGAAAGGGUGUAAACAGACGUGCUAUACUGGAGUUGAGUUCUGUAAAAUGGAUCUGGAAUGUGAAGGUAGAGAUUGUUACCAAAACUGCGACGCUAACGAAUGUAAUCUGAACUGCAGCGGGAAAAACUGUAAACAGAAGUGUCAAGGUAAAGGAACUGUAUGUGAAAUGGAUCUAGAAUGUGACGGUGAGGAUUGUGAACAAUUCUGCGAGGCUAAAGAAUGUAAUCUGAAUUGCUCCGGGAAAAACUGUAAAAGUCAGAAGUGUCAAGGUAAAGGAAAUGCAUGUAAAAUGGAUCUAGAAUGUAACGGUCAGGAUUGUGAACAAACCUGCGACGCUAAAGAAUGUAAACUGAACUGCAGCGGGAAAAAGUGUAAAACACAGAAGUGUCAAGGUAAAGGAAAUGAAUGUGAAAUGGAUCUAGAAUGUAACGGUCCGGAUUGUGAACAAAUCUGCGACGCUAAAGAAUGUAAUCUGAACUGCUCCGGGAAAAACUGUAAAAGUCAGAAGUGUGAAGGUAAAGGAAAUGUAUGCGAAAUGGAUCUAGAAUGUGACGGUCAGGAUUGUGAACAAACUUGCGAGGCUAAAAAAUGUAAUCUGAACUGUACCGGGAAAAACUGUAGAAGACAAAAGUGCCAAGGUGAAGAUAAUAUAUGUGAAAUGCAUUUAAUAUGUAACAGCCAGGAUUGUGAACAAAUCUGCGAUGCCAAAGUAUGUAACCUGACCUGCAGCGGGAGAAGAUGUAAAACACAAAGCUGCACAGAGAAAGUACAGGAGUGCAUUACGCAUUUUAACGCUAACGAUUGUACGCAGAUGUGUGACGGUCACUCCAUCACUUCAGAUUCAUACACGUCGAAUAUCGUUACAUCAAUUGGGGCCUCAACAAUUCGAGUAUUUGCCACUAAAAUUUCAACAGGAAAUGGAACAGAAGCUCACACUCUCUUACAAUCAAUGUCGCAGUCAUCGUUAGCAUUUAUCUUACCGUUACCAUCAUCUUCAUCACACCCACCAUCAGCAGCACUAUUACCAGCAGGGAUAUCAGCAUCUACAUCAGCACUAUUAGCAUCAUUAUCAAAGCCAGAAGCAAUAUCAGUAUCAGCAUCAGCAACAUCAUUGGAAGCAACAUCAACAGCAGGGGCAUCAGCAUCUUCAUCAGCAUUAUCACCAUCAUUAUCAAAGCCAGCAGCAAUAUUAGCACCAGCAUCAUCAUCAUUAUUGUCAUUAUCAUCGGAAACAUCGGCAGCAGGAUCAUCAUCGUCUCCGUCUCUACGGACACCUCUGUCAUCGACGUUGGAAGUUAUUAAGAAUCUGGCCAACAAAACUGUUUCCAAACUAAAAGGAAAAGAAAUGAAUAGAAUCUUGUCCUUGAUGGAGGCUACACGGAUUUUUGAAGACUUCAUCACUAGUAUCCAAAUCCUCCAAAAACUUCUUACCAAAGAAGAAGUCGAAAAAAUUAGAAAUUACAUCUUUAAGGUGGCAGUCGCCUUGGAGCUAUUCGUCCUUAAUUAUGGCAAACACCAAAUGAACGGAGCGAAUUCUUCAGUGGAGAUAAACAGCCGAAAACUAGAGUUGGCCAUACAAAAAACCUACCGCAAAAAUGCUAGUGACUUUUAUCUUGGAAAACAAGAACUGCGAACGAGCCUGAAAGUUUCUUCUAAAAACUUUGCUAACAAUG